CCUCUCUCCCCCUCCGCCUCCGUCCCCCCCACCCCCUCUCUAGCCAUGCGGGAGUACAAAGUGGUUGUUUUGGGUUCGGGCGGAGUCGGCAAAUCCGCCCUGACGGUCCAGUUCGUGACGGGCUCGUUCAUCGAGAAGUACGACCCCACGAUCGAGGAUUUCUACAGGAAGGAGAUCGAGGUGGACUCGUCCCCGUCGGUGCUGGAGAUCCUGGACACGGCCGGGACCGAGCAGUUCGCCUCCAUGCGAGACCUGUACAUCAAGAACGGCCAGGGCUUCAUCCUGGUCUACAGCCUGGUGAACCAGCAGAGCUUCCAGGACAUCAGGCCCAUGAGGGACCAGAUCAUCCGGGUGAAGCGGUACGAGAGGGUGCCCAUGAUCCUGGUGGGCAACAAGGUGGACCUGGAGGGCGAGCGCGAGGUGUCCUCCGGGGAGGGGAAAGCCCUGGCCCAGGACUGGAGCUGCCCCUUCAUGGAGACCUCGGCCAAAACGAAAGGCUCUGUGGACGAACUGUUCGCAGAGAUCGUGAGGCAGAUGAACUACUCGGCUGUUCCCAGCGGCGGAGACAAAUGCUGCUCCUGUGUCCUGCUCUGAAAAUCCUGCUCAUCUAGAGCCAACAAGUUGUUCUUUUCAUUUCAUUUUCUUUUCCCUUUGGGCUAAAAGUAUUUCUCUCUCCUCACACGGUUGUCUUAUUGUUGCACAGAGAACACAAACGGACAACAAUCGUGUAUGAUAGUCUGGAGAAGUGUUUACAUGAUAAAGUACUUGAAUGUUUUUUGGAUUUUUAUAUAUACAUAUAUAUAUAAAUACAUAGCUUUGUAUUUUUCUUGGAAAUGUGCCUCGGUGGGAAUGUCUAAUUGUGAAACCUAAGAGUCACGUGUUUUCUGGUUUUCUUUAUUCUAAUUCAUCUCUGUUAUUUUCAGUUGUUCUGUUAACUUUGCUGGGCUGAGAUUGGCUGUGGUGAUGAUGAUGAUAAAUAGGGUUUAUUAUACCAAAUCCACCCCCCCUGCGUGGGAUCAGUCCCACCUUUUUUGAAGUCUGAAAGCAUUUUUAAAACUCUCAGAAGAUGAAUCACCACUCAAGCCUUGCACAGGCCCAGUCCUCAUGUAAACCCGGUGUUGUGCGAAAUUCAGUUCCUCCGAGCAUUUAAAGCCAUGGCGUGGAGUUGUUUUAAGACAACACAUUUUGUGUGUGUUAUUAUUAUUUUUUUUUCAUUUAUGAUCUAGUGAUUUUUUUCUUUAAAACUUGCACCUAGUUGACUGUUCCUCCUCAGUGUUCACAAACGAGGACCUGGGUGCAUUGCUGUGGCUGCAUGGGGAGCACCGUGGCGUGACCCCCCCAUGUCAAGUGCCUUCCCUCAGAAAUCAACCUGUGACUGUGCCAACCUUCUUCUGCAGUGYGUCUUACUGGCAAUCAAAACUUUUGAAGAAUUACCCUUUUUUUUCUCUCCCUGCACUCUGGUAUCAUUUGGUGUCGAUUUAAAAAGCAAAAAGUUUCUAUUUUACCACCUGGAUGCUGAGUUUAUAAGUAGGCCUGCAGUUUCUGGGUCCAAUUCAGGCUUUUUUUUUUUUUCGUUUUGUUUUAUUUUGUUUUGUUCCAGAGGUACUAGAACAACAGAAUAUCUUAACCCGCUGCGAUUUUGGUUCAAUGAAUGGCAAGCCAUGUUUGAAUUAUUAUUGUGUAGACUUUGUUUCCCCCUUUUCUAAAAUGUGAUAUUUUUGACUUUACUGUAAUUGUACUUCUCCUUUUGGGCAAUUUUUUUUCCUGCCAUCCACAUGUCAAUUUUGAGAGACUUGUAAUACAGAACACGUUUUCCGUAA